AUGCGAACUGUAAUCGCUGGUCCUCCGCCUUCCACCGCUCCAACAGGACCACCAGGAGUGACUCCAUCUGCGACAGCCGUUGUUGACUUCAGUAAGCCUCCUCCAGGAAUUGCUCCUGGUCCUACACCUGGGCCCGCCACUGUGCCACCAAUCCACAUUAUGGAUGGUCCGCCCGGAGUUGACAUUGUAGGGCCUCCUGGAGUGGAUGGACCACCAGGUGUUGAUUUGGAACCGCAAACAAUUCCAACUCUUGGAUCGGGAAGUGGAUUGGAUAUGUCGAUGCCACCACCGGGCUUUAAUCCAUCAUUACCACCACCUGGUAUGCGUCCGCCACAAAUGGCGAUGCCCAUGACAAACAUGCCUCCACCUGGGUUCAACACUUUGUUGCCGCCGCCUGGUUUUUCCACAAAUCGGUUUCCUUCUGGAACUAGUGGUAUAGGUCGACCACCACCAUUAAUGGGCCGUGAUUUCGAUGCGUUAGGACCGAGAAGGGAGUCAGGAGAUUUCGACGAGAGUGAGGAUGAACGACGGCGUCACAAAAGACGUAGCAGAUCACGAAGUCCAUCAAAGCGUGACUCGAGGAGAAUCCGUGAGAGUGGACGAGAUCGCGAGCGUGAUGAGCGGCGUGACCGUGACAAAGAUCGCGACAAGGAUCGCGAAAGAGACAGAGAAAGGGAACGUGAACGGCCGGAACGAAGUAGUAGACGGCAUCGUUCACGGAGUGGAAGUGCUGAAGGUGGAAUUUAUAGCCUUUGGCGACACGAAAAAGACGAUGAUAGCGACCGUAGAGAAAAAAGAAGUGAUGACCGUGAUCGCCGUGAGAAGCGUUCGCGACGUGACGAUCGCGGCGAGAGAGACGAAAGGGAGGAUCGUGAUAGAGAGAGAGAUAGAGAACGAGACAGAGAAGACCGUGAGAAGGAUCGUGAAGGUAUAAAAGUGGAAUUGAAGCAGGAAGAGCCUGAUUCAUAUGGAAACGAUGAGCCACCACCGCCUGGUGUGGACAUGGUGAGCAACGCAUGA